GGCCCCGCGGGGGCGGCGCGCGGCGUGGAUGGAUCCGCGCGUGGCCUGGAUCCAGCCCGAGCAGAAGGGGCCGGCCAAUGCCCUGUGGAUGCAGAUCUGGGAGACCUCGCAGGGCGUGGGCCGCGCCGGCUCGGGCUUCGCGUCCUACUUCUGCCUCAACUCGCCGGCGCUGGACACGGGGGCGGCCGGGGGCGGCGGCGGGGGCGGGGGGGCCGGCGUCGGCCCGGGCCCCGCGCCGCCCGCCGCCGCGUCGCCCCCCCCGCCGCCCGCGCCCGGCCCCGCCGCCGCCGCCGCCGCGCCCGGCCCCGCCGCGCUGCCCCCGGCGCUCCUGACGGCGCUCGGGCCCGGGGCGGCCGAGGGCGCGCGCCGCCUGCACAAGUCCCCGUCGCUGUCGUCGUCGUCGUCCUCGUCGUCCUCGUCCAACGCCGAGUCGGGCACCGAGAGCCCCGGCUGCUCCUCCUCCUCCUCCUCGUCCUCCUCCUCCGGCGGCAGCGGCGGCGGCGCCGCCUCGCUCGCGCCGGCGGGCGGCGGCGGCGGCGGCUUCUUCAGCUUCGCCGACGGCGCGCCCGGCACCCCCCCCGGGCCGCACGCGGGGGGCCCCGCGCCCGCCGGCUCGCCGCCGCCGCCGCCGCCGCCGCACCAGUUCCACCCGGGCCGGCGGAAACGCGAGAACAAGGCCAGCACCUACGGCCUCAACUACCUGCUGUCGGGCAGCCGCGCCGCCACGCUGAGCGGAGGAGGAGGAGGCGGCGGCGGCCCCGGGGCCCAGGCGCCGCGGCCCGGCACGCCGUGGAAGAGCCGCGCCUACAGCCCGGGCAUCCAGGGGCUUCAUGAGGAAAUAAUUGAUUUUUAUAACUUCAUGUCCCCGUGUCCCGAAGAAGCAGCCAUGAGAAGGGAGGUGGUGAAACGGAUCGAAACGGUGGUUAAAGACCUCUGGCCCACGGCUGAUGUGCAGAUAUUUGGCAGUUUUAGUACUGGUCUCUAUCUCCCAACGAGUGACAUCGACCUGGUGGUCUUUGGAAAGUGGGAGCGUCCUCCACUGCAGCUCCUGGAGCAGGCCCUGCGGAAGCACAAUGUGGCGGAGCCGUGCUCCAUCAAAGUCCUUGACAAAGCCACGGUACCAAUAAUAAAGCUCACAGAUCAGGAGACUGAAGUUAAAGUGGACAUCAGCUUUAACAUGGAGACUGGAGUCCGGGCAGCAGAGUUCAUCAAGAAUUACAUGAAGAAAUACUCAUUGCUGCCGUACUUGAUUUUAGUAUUGAAACAGUUCCUCCUGCAGAGGGACCUGAAUGAGGUUUUUACAGGCGGAAUCAGCUCAUACAGCCUCAUUUUAAUGGCUAUCAGCUUUCUGCAGUUGCAUCCAAGAAUUGAUGCCCGGAGAGCUGAUGAAAACCUUGGAAUGCUUCUUGUAGAAUUUUUUGAACUCUAUGGAAGGAAUUUUAAUUACUUGAAGACUGGUAUUAGAAUAAAAGAAGGAGGUGCCUAUAUCGCCAAAGAAGAGAUCAUGAAAGCCAUGACCAGUGGGUACAGGCCGUCCAUGCUGUGCAUUGAGGACCCCCUGCUGCCUGGGAAUGAUGUUGGCCGGAGCUCCUACGGGGCCAUGCAGGUGAAGCAGGUGUUUGACUACGCCUACAUCGUGCUCAGCCACGCCGUGUCGCCGCUCGCCAGGUCCUACCCCAACAGGGAUUCUGAAAGUACUUUGGGACGAAUCAUCAAAGUCACUCAGGAGGUGAUCGACUACCGGAGGUGGAUCAAAGAGAAGUGGGGUGGCCGGGUCCACCCAGCUCCCGAGCUCGACAACAGGAUCAAGAUAAAGGAGCGCAUCGCCCCGUGCAACGGCGAGCAGGCGCAGAACCGGGAGCCCGGCUCGCCCUACAGCCAGCGCCUGACUUUGUCCCUGUCCAGCCCCCAGCUCCUCUCCUCGGGCUCCUCUGCCUCCUCCGUCUCCUCGCUUUCCGGAAGUGACAUUGACUCGGACACAGCACCCUGCAGCACACCCAGUGUUUACCAGUUCAGCCUCCAGGCACCGACCGCGCUGGUGGCCACCCUACCCACUGCCUUGCCGAUGCCCAGCAGCAAACCCCAGCCCAGCACCUCCAGAACGCUGAUCAUGACAGCCAACAAUCAGACCAGGUUUGCUAUCCCUCCGCCCGCCCUCGGCGUGUCCCCUGUUCCCUGCAGACAGGCCGGCGUUGAAGGAACCACCUCCUUGAAAGCCGUCCACCACGUGUCCUCCCCAGCCAUCCCCUCCGCGUCCCCCAACCCACUGUCCAGCCCCCACGUAUACCACAAGCAGCACAACGGCAUGAAGCUGUCCAUGAAAGGCUCCCACAGCCACGCCCAGGGCGGCGGCUACGGCUCCGUGGGCGGCGGAGGCGUGCGGCCCCCCGUGGGCAACCGGGGCCACCAUCAGUACAACCGCACCGGCUGGAGGAGGAAAAAGCACGCGCACACGAGGGACAGCCUGCCCGUGAGUCUGAGCAGAUAAUGGCUCCUGCCUGCGUCCAUCCCGGACCGCCCCCCGCCCGCCGUGGCUCUGCAGGGAACCGAGACCAGCGUCCAGCGUCCAGCGCCUCCGCCCGCCCGCCGCUGGUCCCUCUGCAUGCUUCUCCGUGUGGUGGUCGCGUCCAUCUUCCAGAACAGCUCCCCGUGCACAUCUGUGAAGCCUUACCGCACCGGACGUGUGUGCGCGUGCCUGCGGCCUGGGCGUCCUCGCCGCCCCCGCCGGGUGCGGCCCGCAGCGCUUCCGGGCGCGGGGUCCUGGCCAUCUCGCCGGGGUGGGCCAGGCCGGGGCCGCCGUUUUACUGCCCUCACGUCUUGUUUGAAACUUUGGAACUGUUUUUCUAUGUAAAUAUUGAAAACUUAUGAUUUGUGCAAUAACUCAGAUAUUUUUUAUUUAAUUUCAUAUUUUCACAUAAGUUAUAUUUAAGGGAGGAGGGAAUUUUUUUUUAAACGAGCUUAGAUCCUUUCCCAAGUUGCAUUUUCUAAGUUGGGUUCAUCCUGUUGGCUGGUUGUCUGAUGGCAUCGAACACCGUGAGUCACCGAGGGGUCUGGGCCUUUCUUUCCUGUCUUUUCUUUUGGUCAGAGGUGAGGGAAGGGGUGGCAUCCUCCGGGGUCCCUGAGGGCGGAGGCCCCGGGGCCGGGAGGAGCCCCCCCCCUCGUGGGGCCUCAGGCUGCGCGUCUGUUCUGACCAGGAGUUCUGAUGUUUUGGUUCUUUUAAAACCAGACAACAAAUCCAGCAUCUGAAGUGCCAGAAGUAAAUCUUUCUAAGGGGAGAAAAGGUGGUGAAAUCUUCAAGCAUCAUGUGAACUUGGCAGCGCGGGAGGGCGGGGCCGCGGCGCGUGUGGGGGGCCGGGGGCGCCCAGUUUUAGGAAUGUGGAGAAAGGAAUUCCGUUGAUUCCGUGGAGGAAUCUGCAUAGCAGUAUGCAUUCGUUCUGUUAAGAGCAAAUAUUCCCGAGGGCCCUCCGCCGCUCGCGGGGGCGUCUUCGCGCAUCGCAGGAGAGCACAGCCCAGCGCGGGCCCAGGGCGUCCGAAGCAUACCGGUAUUCUAUGCAAGUGUAUUCUGCCACAACUACCACUGUCUUUGUUACCUUUUUCUGAUCAACAAUAUAUCAUCCAUCCUGCCUAACCCUGAGUUUUCGGAGCACUACAGUUGUCCUGGGAGUCGGUUCCAUCUUGCAGGCCCGCUGACGCCCCAUUUUCAGAAAUGGGGGUGUGGCCCUGUUCAACACUACAGGUGGGUUGGUCUUGGAAGUCCACUGGUGGAGAACGUCACCCCGAGAGGCUGGAGGGCCUACGUGUGACCACCGGGCGGCCGCAGCGGCUCUCCCUGCGCCGGAGGCAGGGGGCGCCGGCCAGAGCAAGCCACGGGUCUGCUGCCCCGCGCGGGGCGGGGCCUGGCCGGGCUGUCUUCCACAUGGCGUGUCGGGCUGUGUACCCCCCACGGGCACCCGGAGCCUCACGGAGUGGAGCAGCGCGCGGGUCUGCAUUCGGGAGGUUAGCGUCAUCCAAAAUCCUUAACAACGUUUCCAUCGUGAGCCUGUUGGCAAAGCGUCUGUAUAAACACCGGUCCUCGGGCCUGGCCUGAUCUCUCCAUUAGCAAUACGGACGGUGAGCCCACGCGGGAAAGCCGCCCGCCGCGGCGGUGGGCGUGCGUCUCAGAGCUUGUUCCUAGGCACAGGUACCAUGUCCAUUCCUGUCACGGUGAACCAAAUGAAUUGGCCUGGCUACCACUGUGGUUGUGCGCUGCAGGUUUAACCAAGUUAAUCAUGUUUCGAUUUGUGUGUGUGUGUGUGUGGACAACAAUGUGGAAGCUAAAAUUGACAUAUUUUUAUGUAAAGGUUUUUCUAUUCUUUGAUUUUUAAUAAACUUUGAAAACCA